ACCGAGGGGCGCGGGCCCCUGCGGCCACCCGCGGGCCGCGCUCCGGCUCCCGCUCCCGCCCCUGCGUGGCCGGCGGGAGCGGGGGGCGAGGGGCGUUGGGCCGCGCGGCCCUCGAGGUGCCCGGCGCGGCCGCCGUGCAUGGCCCUGCGCAGUGGGACGGGCUACUUCGACCGGGUCUGGCGCAGGGUGUCGGGGCUCCCGGACGCCUGGCCCCGGCGCUCCAGCAGCCUCCUGUGCCUGUCCGCCUUCUCGCCCGAGCCCGGGCCCGCGCCGCCCCUGCCCCGCCAGCCGCCUCGCAGUGGCGGCGGCGGUGGCGGCCCCGGCGGAGGGGGGCCCCCCCAGCCUCCCCGCCCCCCGCCUCCCUGCUGCUGGUGCUGCUGCUGCCGCCGCCGCUUACAACUUGGAGGCGGUGGCGGCGGCGGAGGAGGCGGCGGUGGCCGCCGGGCGCUGCAGUGGGACGCGCGCGGCUGCGAGCCUGCGGGACAUGCCCCCCGCGCCGGCUCCUUGCUGGCGGCCAUGAAGAGGCAGAACGUGCGGACUCUGUCCCUCAUCGUCUGCACCUUCACCUACCUGCUGGUGGGCGCCGCCGUCUUCGACGCCCUCGAGUCGGACCACGAGAUGCGCGAGGAGGAGAAACUCAAAGCCGAGGAGAUCCGGAUCAAGGGGAAGUACAACAUCAGCGGCGAGGACUACCGGCAGCUGGAGCUGGUGAUCCUGCAGUCGGAACCGCACCGCGCCGGCGUCCAGUGGAAAUUCGCCGGUUCCUUCUACUUUGCCAUCACGGUCAUCACCACCAUAGGCUACGGGCACGCCGCUCCGGGCACUGACGCGGGCAAGGCCUUCUGCAUGUUCUACGCGGUGCUGGGCAUCCCGCUGACGCUCGUCAUGUUCCAAAGCCUGGGCGAGCGGAUGAACACCUUCGUGCGCUACCUGCUCAAGCGCAUCAAGAAGUGCUGCGGCAUGCGCAGCACGGACGUGUCCAUGGAGAACAUGGUGACCGUGGGCUUCUUCUCGUGCAUGGGGACGCUCUGCAUCGGGGCGGCUGCUUUCUCCCAGUGCGAGGAGUGGAGCUUCUUCCACGCCUACUACUACUGCUUCAUCACGCUGACCACCAUCGGCUUCGGGGACUACGUGGCCCUGCAGACCAAGGGGGCCCUGCAGAAGAAGCCGCUCUACGUGGCCUUCAGCUUCAUGUACAUCCUGGUGGGGCUGACGGUCAUCGGGGCCUUCCUCAACCUGGUGGUCCUCAGGUUCCUGACCAUGAACAGCGAGGACGAGCGGCGGGACGCCGAGGAGAGGGCGUCGCUGGCGGGCACCCGCAACAGCAUGGUCAUCCACAUCCAGGAGGAGGCCCAGCCGGGCCGGCCCAGGUACAAGGCCGACAUCACGGACCUGCGCUCGGUCUGCUCCUGCAUGUGCUACCGGGCGCAGGACUGCGGCGGCCGCCCGGCUGCCCACCAGAACUCCUUCAGCGCCAAGCCCCAGCCCCCGUUCUUCCACUCCGUCUCGUAUAAGAUCGAGGAGAUCUCGCCAAGCACACUGAAAAACAGCUUCUUCCCGUCGCCCAUCAGCUCCGUCUCCCCCGGGUUACACAGCUUUACCGACAACCACAGGCUGAUGCGGCGGCGGAGGUCCGUUUAGGGACAGAGGACAGGGAACGUCGUUCGUCGCGUCUGAUGUUCAGUUCCACCGCCCCCACCCGUCUUUUCUUUUAUUUAUUUUCAUUUAUUAUUCUUAUUAUUAUUAAUAUUACCAUCAUCGUCAUUUAUUGUUGUUAUUGUUGUCGUCACCUUUAUUACUUUCUCUCCUUCCGUCCUUCUCGGUUUCAUUUCUUCCCCACCUCUCCAGCGAGACAGAGCAGGCCAAAGGGGAAAUAAAGGCCCAUCAUCCUCUGAAACUCGCAGCCGAGCAUGAAGCAUGGAUUCCUCCUUCCCAGCGAAG